GGCAUAAGCACAGUCCUAUCCACAAUCCACAUCCUUUUCUAAGCAGAUUUCGAUAGCCGAUGCAUAUUAUUGCGUUUAUUUAUCAUUGGUAGAUGUAUUGUCAAAGCAGUGCCAAGGAAUAAAUAUCAAAAUGCCAUCUAAUUAUGAACUUAUUUCUAAUUGGGCUGAUGAGGUGGAAGAUGAGGGGACUGUCAGCCUCCCUCCACCAACAACUGUUUAUGAAAAUGACUUUAAAAUAAUGACGGAAUAUAAGUUGAAUGAUGAUAAUAAGAAAGUCAAAGUAGUGCGUACAUACAAAAUUGAAAAGCGUACUGUUUCCAAAAGCAUUGCUGUUCGUAAAAAUUGGGCCAAAUUUGGUGAUUCGGCCAAUGAUGGACCAGGUCCAAACCCAGCAACUACAGUUAUUGCUGAAGAUGUAUUCAUGCAAUUCCUGUCCAGUAAAGAAGAGGAUAAUAAGGUGGAAGAAGAUUCUCUCGACAAGCUUAAGAGCAUGGGAGACAAAGGAGUUGUGAAAUGUCGUAAUUGUAACGGGGAUCACUGGACCUCAAAGUGUCCAUUUAAAGAUACAGUUCUUGGAGGCACUAAAGUUGUGGACGACAAAAAGCCACUUAACCCAGUUACUGGAGCACCAGGUAUGCCAGACAAACCUCAAGGUAGCAAGUAUGUCCCUCCAAGUAUGCGUGAUGGUGGUAACAAAAGGGGUGAUUCCAUGCAAAUGCUAAGGAGAGAUGACACUACAGCCAUUAGAAUAUCAAAUCUAUCAGAGAGUACAACAGAUGCAGAUCUGGAGGAGCUCGUCAAGCCAUUUGGCGCCAUUCAGAAGCUUUAUUUAGCUAAGGAAAAAAAUACAAAUGUUUGCAAAGGAUUUGCUUACGUUCACUUUAAAUCACGAGCUGAGGCUGCAAGGGCUAUCGGUGUACUGAACGGUCACGGAUAUGAUCAUUUGAUCCUCAGCGUAGAUUGGUCAAAACCUCCUGCACAGAGCAGUUGAUGAAAGUAAAGUUAUAUUUUUAUAAUAUUGCAUAAAUAGAUAUGAGAUACUUUCUUUACAUCGACGCAUUUCGUUCUUUAGUUUUGAUUACAUAUUACAUGAUUUUAUUAAACAAUAUAAACAAUAUGUUUUAUCAUAUACAAAAUGAUGUUAACAUAUAUCAUACAAUAAACUGGUAGAUUCAAUUGUAUUAAAAAUUGUUUUUGCUGCAUAAAAAAGAAUUUACUCGAACUUUUUUCUUUCUUAAGUGGUCUUUCUAAUGCAUAAUUUAUGAUGCAUCAGUCUCAAUCAUUACAUAAAUUUUAGGUGAUAUGUUAUUAAUUCAUACUGAUAAAUUUUGAUUUUUUUAUUCACUAAGUAAGUAUGAUCUUUAAUGAUGUUAUAAAAUAAAUCUUUUUGAAAUUUGUACCUACCUUAUACAUAUAGUUGAUUAAAAUCGAUUCUGCCACAAAUUCUGGUUAUAAUUCUUAUAUAAAUGCACAUGUUUUAUUACUUAUCUUAAUUCCUUCUUUCAAAGAUAUUUAUUUGUGAAAGUUGUAAGACUACUCAGAGUAGCGGCAUACCGAAAGGUCAGGAUAUUUCCUUGACCAUGGCCAAGUCAUGGAUAUUUUAUAAAUAUCCUGGAAAACUAGAUCCGAGCCCUUUCAUUCUACUCUAUGUCUUUACAAUUGAAAAUCUUGUAAACCCUUCAUUAUUAUAUUUUUGCACAGGAAACGGUAUUGUCUAGGAAGAAAAUUUGUUUUCCUUUCUUUCCAAUCUCGAUAAUUGAAAUAGUUGCUAUUCCAGUAGAAUGUUUCUCGCGCUUACGUCAAGUAUUUAAAUAAAAAUAAUAUCAAAGAAUCUGAAUUUGGUUUUUUAUUGUUAAUUAUCAUUAAAAAAGACAUGGAAAAAGUUAGGAAAAUUUUAUAGGAUUCAAAUACAGCAACCCUAUUACUCUCAUUUUUAAUCACAAAUUAAUGAGCUGUUUUAACAACGAUUUUUAUUUGAUCAAUGGAAAAUCAAUGGUUUUACUGGAAGAAUGAAAAAAGAAGUGCUUGAGAAUAAAAAUCACGGCUCAAGCGAGUUAUUUGUACAUUAAAAAGUUUAACGCAAAAAAGCCUUUUACAAAUGAAAUUUAUAUAAUUAAUUUAUAUACUAAAUAUUCUCAUAAGUAUAAGAACUGAAUGCUGGCUUUUUUGAAUUCUUUUGUUGUCUUUAUCCUUCACUUCCUCUCUUAUUAUUAUGCCUUAGAUUUAGUAUUUUCCAGGAAAUGUUAGUUUUGCAUGGUCCGUAGACUGAACAAAACUCUAGUAAUUUGUUGUGAAUGUUCAGUAGUGCUUCAAAACGUACAGUGAUAAUGAUAGCUAGUUAAAAUAGAAAAAUUAAUUUUAAAAAAUAUGUUGAUUUGCUGCUUUUAGAAAGUUGUAGCACCAGAACAUAACGGCGUUGGCGAAGCUGCUGUUUAUUGCGAUGGCUGAUAUCAAAGACGGUGAUGGUGAAUUAUAUUGUGAAAACUCUCACUUAAGACUUGUUUAUGUUUUACGAUUGAGUCGAGAGAAAAAUUCUUCUUGCGGCUGAAGUACUCUGGACAAGCUACAUA